CAAGCAAGGCAUUUGGAAUAUUGGAGUGGACCGUGAAGUGAAGAGGUCGCAAUUUCGCUGUGGGUUCGACCCCAGGUGGUAUGAACCCCUUGAGACUUCACCAAUCAUCAGUGAGAUGUUUCAAAUUGCUACUGAGGAUUUUUGGUGAUCACUGUUGCUUGGUAUGUGUUAUUGGGUGUGUUUGGAAUGCAACUGGAGAGGAGAAUCAGUUCACAGAGUAGAUUCUUAGUAAUAUCAAGCAUUUUAUGAAUUGAGGUGGGACAGCAAGGACUUACUAUUUUCUGUGUGAGAAUAGCAGUUCCAUGGACUGCUUUGAUUCAGCAAAGGCUGCUCAUGAGAAAGUUGGAACAUCCUAUGAUGGAGCUUUGAUUUCUGUGGUUGAUAAAAAGAUGAAGGAGCAUACAGACACUUUCCUGCAUGUUGUGGAUGGUCUAAUCACACGAUUAUCUCAACUGGAGAGCAGAACUCGCAACAUUGAAAGUUAUGUUGAUGAGCUGAAAGCGUCCACUGAAUAUAAUCAUGGGAGAACUAAUGGAAAGCUGAAGCAGUUAGAGAAUACUCUAAGAGAGGUCCAAGGUGGCAUACACGACUUAAGAGAUAAACAAGAAAUAGUGGAGGCUCAGCUGCAGCUUGCUAAGCUUCAAGUGUCCAAAGGUAAGCUGCAAGCAGAGAGCCAAAUCAGUGCUACACAAGCUCAAAUAGUGCAAGGAAUAUCUUCAACCACUCCUCAGCAAACCCACCAACCACUGCUGGUUCCUGUUUCUUGUCAACAACCUCCUCCUGCUCUUCUUUCUAAUGCCUCUCCAUCCCUAAAUCACCAGAAUCCACCACCUCCACCACCACCACCACCACCCCCACCACCACCUGUCUCAGCAGCAGUACAGCUUCCUACACAAGUACCUCAGAACCAAAUUUCCUUUUCACAUCCUGGAUCUUACUACUUGCCACAUCCUUCGGCUCCAGGAACCACACAUCAGCAAUGCCAAAUUCCUCCAGCUCCACAAUCGCAGCUACCGCCUUCAGUACCACAUCAGCCUUACCAACCAGCCCCUCAAUUACAACCCUCACAAUUACUGCAAUUACCACACGUGCCCCCACAUCUUAGUGCAGUUAAUCCCCAAGUCCCUCCAUCAGGCCACCCUCUCAAAGAAAUCCCUUACAUGUCAUCUCAAAGCUACCCUCCAAGCUUCCAUCAACCCCCUUUUAGGCCACCUAGCAGUGUGCCCUCCACCCAACAGUUUUACAAGGGUUCUACUCUGAAGAUGGAUGAAGAACCACCAAGCAGACCGAAUUCAGAGUUUCCCACCGGGUAUGGAACACCACCUGCAUAUGCUCAUUUGAGUGACUUUUAUGCUCGCAGUGGAUCUAAUUCCUACUCCAAUGAUUCAACAAUGAAACCUUUGCAAUUCUCACCUUUGGCUUCCGUCCCAAGUGGUGGAACCAGCUAUACACAACUCCCUACUGCCCAGAUACUACCACAUGCACUGCCCGCUGCCUCCAGUGUGGGUGGUGGGUCAGGUCCAAGUGUGACAGGAAAUAGGAUUUCAAGUGACGAUGUUGUUGACAAAGUUGCAGCAAUGGGAUUUCGAAGAGACUUGGUGAGAGCAACGGUGAGGAAACUAACAGAGAAUGGGCAAUCAGCGGACCUUAAUGUUGUGCUUGAUAAGCUGAUGAAUGAUGGGGAGGAUCAAGCCCAGACAGUUUGGUUUACCCGAUAACUUUGUGUUUCCUCCAAUACUUUGAUUUCACCUGUAUAGUGACCUUCAUACCCUUUGUAUAGGAGAUAGCACAACAUGUUUCUGGAUCUAUGUUGUUUGAUUGAAUGUCCCUUUUGCCACUGCUGUUAGUUGUGAUUGUUGUAUAGUAUAAGAUUGCUAAUGCUGGCAAUAUAUGGUUUUGUCGUCUUUGAUUCCAAAUACUGGUUUACACC